UCUAAACUCAGUUGGGUCCAGCGGGCCAUGAUUUGCGGAUGGAUGAGCUAGAGCUCAGCAACAUCGGGCGCGAGCACGAUCGUCACAGGCUAGAGAGGUCGAGCAGCUGCGAGAUCACUGCAGAAUGCGUCAGGCAGCAGCUGAAUCUUGCAUUUCGCCGUCAAAGCUCGAGCGGCAGUCUCAGUGAGGGUGGGCCGAUCCACAGCCUUGAUGUGGAAGCCUUGUCGCAGCGCUUGGGCGUUCGCCUUGAGGACCGGGAGCCGAGCGGCUUGACUUCAGAGGAGGCGAAGAGGCGGUAUGAGAAGGAUGGGGCCAACAUGCUGACACCUCCAGAGGUUGAGAACCUCUGGGUGAAGCUGUUGAGGACUGCCUUCUCGGGUUUGCUGAACACCCUCCUGUGGAUUUGUGUGCUUGCAGAGGUUAUGUUGCUGAAGUUUUAUCCUGACAAAGACGCAGUGACGCCAGCGAUUCUUUCCCUGGUCAUCUUGGUUACUGCCUUGCUCCAGUGGUACACGGAGUUGAAGGCAGAAUCUGCCAUGGAAGCUUUGCGUGGCCUUCAAGUUGUGGAGCCCGUUUCUGCCGUCCGCGCGCGGACUAGCGUGAAUUUGGAGCCCGAAGAGCUGGUCGUCGGUGACAUCAUUUAUCUCAAAGCUGGUCAGCGAGUUCCGGCAGAUGUUCGGAUCCUGCACUGCAGCAACAUGGAAGUGGACAACUCGGCUCUCACUGGUGAGACGUUGCCGGAGAUGCGCUCCCACAAAGCUGAGCCUCCAUCAAUGCCAGCGACGGAGGCUCGAUGCUUGGCUUUCUUCGGAACUGCAGUUCUCAAGGGCACUGCGACCUGCGUUGUCUACGCAACCGGAGAUCAAACUUUCCUAGGCCGCAUUGCGAGCACCAUGAAGAACAAGCCGCCGAGAUCAUCCCUGGAAAUCCAGAUCGAGCACUUUGUACACACGAUAGCAAUGAUAGCCAUAGGCCUCGCUAGCUGCGUUCUAUUCGCUGAUUUGAUUGCCCCGAGGCAGCGCAGCGCUGCAGAAAUCUUAGAGAACUGUGCCACGACGUUGUUCACGCAGGUGCCUGAAGGGCUGCUGCCGACCGUGACCUUCUCAUUGAUGAUCGCAUCCAGAAGGAUGUCCAGGAUCAACGUGGUGGUCAAGAAGCUGGAUGCCAUCGAGUCCUUAGGCUGUGUGUCCACAUUCUGCUCUGACAAAACUGGAACUCUUACCACUGGCGUGAUGCAGGUGCAGCACAUCCUGAUACCGCUUAAGGAUAAGGCAGCGCUUUUCAGUCCUGAUGAUUUGGAGGCCGAAGCGGUCAAAAAGGAUGAACGGCUGACUGCUCUUGCCGUGGCGGGGCUGCGAAACAACAAGGCUCAGGUGUUGCCAGCCGCCCGCGAGGUGGUCGGGUCCCCGACGGAAGUCGCCAUAUUCAAGGCAGCCGCUGCAAUGCUGGGAAUGACGUUUCAGGACGCGGAGCCGGAGCAGGCUUUCUUCGAAAUACCUUUCAGUUCGGAGAACAAGUGGAUGCUCACCGUGCACAAGCUGGCGCAUGGAGAGGAUUACCCCUUUGAAGUCAUAGUGAAGGGUGCUCCGGAAAAGAUCCUGGACGUGUGCGGCGAACAUGCUGCGAGCUCUUCGCUGCAAUCCUCACUCAGCGAUCUGUAUGGCAGGGGCUUGCGUGUGCUUGGGCUGGCACAGCGCCGGCUGUUUGCGGCAGAAGUGCCUGACGAUCAAGACUUUCAAGGGUGCGAAUUUUCCGACUGCAACUUCCCGGUGUCCGGUUAUGACCUCCUUGGCUUUUUCGCGAUUGAGGACCCGCCUCGGCGUGGAGUCAAGGAGGCUGUUGCCAAAUGCCGGGAUGCAGGGGUCAAGGUGGUCAUGGUGACAGGAGACCACCCCUCCACAGCACAAGCUAUUGCAAAGAAGCUGUCCAUCAUGCCAGAGGUCAGUAGCUCCUUCGAGGUAUUUCAAGGCGUAGACUUGGAUGCACAUUUGCCUCCGGAGGACGGCUUCAGCACGGCUUCCGAUGCGAGCGUGCAGGUGUUCUGGCGGCAGGCAGUCGAGAAUGCAAGGGUCUUUGCUCGUGUCUCUCCGCUUCACAAGCGUGUCAUUGUGCAGGCAUAUCAACACUUCGGUCAAGCUGGUUUGGGCGACAUCGUGGCCAUGACUGGUGACGGAGUGAACGAUGCACCUGCGCUGAAGCAAGCGGAGGUUGGAAUAGCAAUGGGAUUGCGAGGGACGUCAGUUGCCCAGGAUGCAGCUGACAUCAUUCUCUUGGACGACAACUUCUCUUCAGCCAUCGAUGGUAUGGAGCAGGGAAGGCUUUCCAGCGAGAACCUUCAGAAGUCCAUCAUGUACACACUAUGUUCUAAGCUGCCGCAAGUUAUGCCGUCCCUAAUGGAGGCAUUUGGGAUGCCCUUGGCGCUCGCAGCAGUGCAGGUCCUGCUGAUUGACAUUGGCACUGACAUUUGGACAGCAGUUGCCUUUGCGGCGCAAGGGGCUGAGGCCGCACUCAUGCAGAGACCGCCUCGACAUCCUCAGCGUGAGCGGAUGGUCGGGAGCAGGAUCCUGGCAUUUAGCUACGGCUACAUGGGUUCCUUGCAAUGUGUCUUUUGCUGGUUGAUGUACUUCCUCGCAACUCCUGGGAUUGGAAGCCUACUGAAAGCACAUGAACCUCUCAGCGAGUACUCGCAAGAAGAGAGGACUACGGAGAGACGCGGCAUGACUGUCUACUAUUGGACCCUUGUCCUGGGCCAGGUGGCCGCGGCUCUUUGCGCCACAACGAAGCGCCAGCCUUUGUUCGGUGAAGGUGGGUAUGGGUCACCAAACAGCUUGCUCAACAUCACCUUGGUGUGUGAGCUUAUCCUGAGCCUUGUGGUGAUGCACACUUCAUGGCUCGCCCAAGCCUUCGAGAUGGAGUUGCUGCCGUGGUGGCCGUGCUUGCUUCUUCCACUUUCUGCAUUGCUGAGCAUCACUGCAGUCGACGAGUGCCGAAAGAGAUUCGGUCCUGGAGGUUGGCCAACAUGAAGUGAAUGUGGCUGCCAGAGGAUUCCGGCCAAAGGUGCCAGAGUCGCCAAAAAAUCACAGCACCGCGGAGGAGCGCGCUGCCAGUGCG